CAGUGUAAAAUUAUUAUUCUUAGAAACGUUUCCUAUUUUUGACAUUGUGUGGCGCUACUAUACCGUAAAACACAAAUGUAUAUAUCUCGGCCAUGUUGAUCAGACUUCAGCAGGCAUUGCUGCUUGCAUCGCGACAUUAUUCUGAGCGUGUUAUGAAAUAUGCAAUGUAGUGAAAGGUAUUUGGAUAUAUUUUCUCUAAACAGAUCAGUAUAGAUGAAGCUUAGAGUGACAUGCAUCGCUAAAGAAUAGAACAAUGAAUACAAUCAUCUCUUCAUGUGUAUUCUUUGGUUUGGUCAUAUCAAGUUUAUGUGAAGUAAAGAUAGAACCUUUCAACUUUCUCAGAAGAUUCAAAGUAGGUGAAAGAGCGCAAGUUACUUGUUUCGCUACUGUACGCACAGACGAUAUAAAAUUUCAAUGGUUUAAAGAUGGACAGCUUGUUACGGAAUCCGGCAACAUUCGUUUAAAAAGUAGCAACGAAUUUUCCAUAAUCAUUAUAGACCCGGUUGAAAUAAACAGUGAAGGAAAUUACACAUGUAAGGCUGCAGACAGCAAAAAUGCAGCUUCACAUUCGACCCAACUGCAAGUUGAUGCUCCUCCCUCUUGGAUGGAAGAAACAAAAGAUAUUACUGUGCCUCUUGGAUCGACAAUAACUGUUCAUUGUCGAGCUCAUGGUUCCCCUAAACCCGAAAUUCACUUAAGAAAAGUGACUGGACAUUCUUCAACUUCAAAUCAAGAUCCGAAAUUUUCGUCCAGUAAUGGUACAUUUGUCUUUUUGCAAAUAUCAUCAGAUGAUGCCGGAAUGUAUGUUUGUGAAGCUAAAAAUGGCGUUGGUAGUCCACUGAGCAAGAAUUUUUCAAUUUUCGUCGAAGUUCCCGCAAGAUUCGAAGAAAAAUUUGCUGUAGUAAAUGCUAAAAAAGGCGAUAGUGCCAGACUAAAAUGUGAAGCACUGGGUGAUCAGCCGCUUGCUGUGACUUGGCAAAGAGAUGAAACCACCAUAAGCAAAAAUGGAGAUGAAAGGUACGAGAUUUUCGAGACAUUGGCUCCAAAAGGUGUCGUAUCCGAAUUGAUCAUUCGGACUACGGAUCGCGACGAUGGCGCCCUAUACUCAUGCGUCGCCGAGAACGAGUUCGGCAACGACCAGAGGAAGAUUCGACUGCUCGUCAUGGAGGUGCCAGCACCUCCUCUUGAUGUGAAGAUCAGGGAAAUCUGGAGUCGAAGUGCCAGUGUGUCUUGGGCACCGCCAUACAGUGGCAAUUCCCCUAUUACCAAAUAUAUUGUACAGUAUUGGAGAGACAUUGGCGGUGCUUCUCACCGUCUCCUGGAGAUAUCCGCACCCAGUUCUCAAUCCUCGGCGCUUCUGAAGGACCUACAACCAGGUACCUCGUACGUGCUCAAGGUGGUUGCCGAGAAUGCUGUGGGGAGAGGGGAGCCGUCCGAUGGUGUGUUCUUUAGAACUGGCGAAGAAGAGCCAAGUGAACCUCCUACUGAUAUCAAUGCAGAGCCAAGGGGAUCCUCUACAAUCCGAGUGUCAUGGAAGCCUCCGUCAAAGGAUAGUUGGAAUGGUGAGCUAAAAGGUUACUAUAUUGGGUACAAAGCACGGGAUUCCAACCAGCCUUAUUCCUACAAAUCCAUGGAAUAUCUUCCUGAGGUGCAGCAGGAAUUUUUCCUUACCAAUUUGCUCAAAGCUUCCGAUUACAGCGUCGUCGUGAAAGCCUAUAAUUCGGCUGGAAGUGGACCCCCUUCCCAUGAACUCUAUGUCAGAACUCUUGAUGGAGAUCUGCCUCCAGCUCCCUCACUGUACGUCCUGGCCACAUCGCCCACGUCCGUCAGUUUGAGAUGGAACACUAGGAAGAUUGAUAACCCUUUGUCAGGUUAUACAGUGCAUUACCGAGAAGACAAUGGUCAGUGGCAAGAAGUGGCCGUCGUAGCCCCCGAAGACAACACAUACACCCUCACCAAUCUGCAACCUCAGAAACUCUACCAGAUAUAUGUGAGUGCCACUAAUCAAUAUGGAAAGGGAGAUCCCAGCGAAGUAGUAGCAGUCAAGACCGAUGAAGGAGAUGGUCACUCCAUGCUAUCUGUUGCUGGUAUGGGUCAAAACACAAGUUAUUUGGAUAUGGCUAUAAUAAUUCCGGUGACUGCCUCCCUCCUAACCAUCGGAAUUGUUAUAAUUGUGGCUUGUGUAUGCGUGAAGAAGAUAAGAAGUCGGCACAAUUUAGAACGAGCUUUGGCGGCCGAGAAGCAUUUGGCGAUGGUUGGCACACUUCAAAGAUACGUGGACAUUGAUAAAACACGAUCUUUGAUGGACGCCAGUAGAAUGGGUCAUUACCCGCUGCCUUAUGAGACUAUACAGAUGCUGGCGGACGACCAGGAUGGAAAUUAUCCCAAAGGCGGCCCCAACCAAGAAUUGAGGGCAUUUGCAGCAGCAAAAGACGGACAGCAAGCUCAAUACAAUAAGACUUUAACAUUGAGGAAAGGAAAGGACGAAAACAUAUAUGAUAUGCCUCAAUAAUUCCUAUAGGAUUUAAUCAGAAACUUCUAAAACUAUGCAAUUUACAAAGCAGUGUUUUUAAAUUUAAGGCAGGAAUUGUAUGCAGCAGUUGAAUCUUCUGAUACUUGAUCUGUACCUCGCAUCAAGAAGUGUCGCAGCCUUCCAGAAAAAUUCUUCAACUGAUUUAACAAAUCAAACAGCUGCUGAUGAUUCAUAAUACUAAGCCGUUCCUUCUGAAAGUGUGAUAAAGUUUCUUUUGGAUUUAUUUCAUCCUUUCGUAUCUAAUGAGUGGUGUGUUCUAGCUCAUUUAGCAUCACAUAAUUUGAUGAUUUUUUUAGAUUUAAUUCAAAUAUUGUUGAACUGAGUCAUUCACCGAAAAUGGACUUAUUCAAAUUUACUCUAUUAUCUACAUUCAGUUCAUGCCAUUGUUUGAGUUUGGCAACUAAAAUGAAGGGUUAGACACAUUUACAUUAUGAUGGUGCCAUAUGUUAUCUGAAAGAAACAUGUUGACAGAAGAACUACUUCGUAUUAACUUCUUGUGCCAGUUAUCAGAGACAAUUUGUUGGCAAUACGCGUACCUUCCGAAAUGGGAGACGCACGGCUUUUUUCACAAAACAGUGACUUUCUUGCGGUUUUUUCUAAGAAUACGUUUUUAUACUCGAUUUGUGCGAAUGUUCUACGCUUGAUGUGCAUGUGGAAAGAUUACGCUCACUGUUAGAAGCUUUUCUUGUGUGUAUAAAUAAUCGCGUUUCUAUUGCAGCUAUUGAUGUGAGAUAGAAGAUUAUUUCCAGAAAUUUUAAGCUGUUGUUUUCACUAAGCGAAACGAAGGAAACGGAACAAUAUGUUUUGAAGUGUGAUAUCGUUCCAUGAAAAUAAAAUAAAAUGGAAAUUAAUUAUUCUUAGUUAAAAUUUGAUUUAUGUUAUGAGGUAAAAAAAUGAAAUAUUUUAUUGCUUUUUUAUAAAGAAAAUGUUUAAGAAUUUGUUGGUAUGAAGCAGUUAAAUUUUUUUUUAAAUUCAUACAUAAAGUUGAAGAUUUUAGUUGAUACUUGGCUAUAUCAUGUACUAACUGCUGCCAUUUUCUACUCAAAAUAGUCUUUCUAGUGUAAAUAAAAUUUGCCUAAAAAAUGUGUGCGUGAAAAAUACAAUCAUUCUAUUUCGAUGACUACAUUAGAAUAUUCAAAACUAUAUAUCGUAUAUGUACAUAUAUAAAAACAUACUAAAAAUAACGAAGAAAAAAUGUUUAAUUUUAUGAUUUAUCAUUAUUUUUUUUUCUUUUGCUGUCAAAGAAACUUGCUGUUUAUUUAGAAAGAAACUUGCUGUUUAUUUAUGAUCAUAAAGUGAUCAUACCAGUGAUAUAAAACUGGAAGUACUUACUUCGCAUUUUAUACGAUCUCCUAACGCAAAAUUUUUAGUAAUAUUUCCAAAUGUUUUGGUUGUAAUUCUUUUUUUACGUGGAUCUUUUUUGUAACCCUAUAUACUUAUCUCAUAUUGAAAAACUAUGAAAAAAAUUUCACAAAUUCAUUAUUUCUUGUUCAUUUUUGGUCCCAAUAACAUAAAAAUACAAAAGCUUAGUAAUGGAGCCGCUCUGUUCUAUAGAAGCUUUUAUAAAAUUUUAGUUACUAAUCACUUUAUCUCAGACUGAGAAAAUAUUGGUAAUUCUGGUACUUUCUGGAUUGUGGAAAUAUAUAAGUUUUUAGUAUUUAGAAACAUAUAGUUUAUAUUAAAAUAUUAAAUAUUAAUAAGAUUUAAUUUUUUUGCAAUUUAGCUUAAAAGAUACUCCAUCUCAAUUUCUACUUUACACUUACUGUGUGACCAGAUUAAUUUCGCAGAAGAAAGCAUUUCUCCUUCGUCUGAUCAUAUUUUUAAAAUUUAUUUGUUCUUUUAUUUUGAGUUUGAAAGAAUAAUCAUUAAUCAAUACGUACAAUGAUUAAAGAGGCAUGGAAUAAAUAAUAAAAUUAAUCAAGUCUUAGUUCUUUUAUUUUCAUAGGAUAAAUCAACCCGAAAUUUCAGUUAGUGAUGCUUUGCUCGAACUUUCACAGUAUCUGUGUUGAAAUUUAGAAUAUCUGGUCAUUUUUGUUUACCUCAUUUCUCUUUUACAAUUCGAUUAACUUGAUUUAAGAAGUAGGUUAAAUGUACUCCCACAAAAUUCAAGAAUUAUUAACUAAUUCCAAAAAAGUUAAUUAGAAGAAAAGAAGCAAGAAGCAUUUAAAUUGAAUUAAAAAUAAGAAUUAUCCGAUACAAUGAAUAAAAAUAGAUGGUAUCCAAUAAAUGAGAGAAGUGAAAUGUAAUAAAUAAUUGCGUUUCCAAAUUUUAUUGGUCGGAAUUUUUAAAUAUUCUGUUAAUAAUUUUACUGACCAAAUUUGGAAAUAAUUGAUAAAUUUAACCUUCUAUUCAUUAAACAUGCGGGGAAGGGGUUGUAUAUAAAUUGAAUUAGUAUAAUAGAAAAUACAGUAAAUUUUUUCUAUUCCUAAAAUUUGAAUAUUUUUUCCUUUAAAUUAAUGGUUUAGCUUUAUACAUUCUUUAUUUUAUUUAUCUGUUUAGUUAUUAAUGUGGCAUACUCAUAUUAAUUUACUAAAAUAAGAUCUUUAUAAUGAGAUAAUAAUUUUUCAUGUAAUAUUAAAUAUGCACGAUUUUCAUGUAAAAAUUUUUAAAGAAGGUGAAAUUGAAUACUAUUCAGUGUUUAAAUGCUGUAUCAUAAAAAAAUUAUGUAAAAUAUUUUUCCGAAUCAAAGUAUAUCUAAAAUUUUAUUCAUGCUUGUAUUCAUUAAUUGUAAAGAGAUUAUUUCACCGUUUAAAAAAAAUGAGCACCUUUUUUAGGAUCUCAAAGAUUAACAAAAAAAAUUGAUACUUCAAUUCGAGAUAUUUAAUAAAAAUGUGAUUUUUAAGAUAAUUUUAAAAAAAUAAAUAACUAUCUCUGCAUCUGAUGUAAGCAUUUUAUUUUGAAAUUAACUAGUAGUACUUUAUUAUUUUUUAUCAUUAAAAAAACGUUAAUUUUUUUAACAUUUUAAAAACUUAUUCUACAGAAUGUCGUCUAUUGCUAUACGCUAAAUAUGUGAUUUUUAGAUUAAUAUGAAACAGUAUGUUAAUGAAAAUAAUGGUAUUACUUUUCAACUAUUUUUCUGUACUUUUAUGGAUUUUAAACUCAUUUCAUUCUUGCUCCUUUAAAUUGUAUCUGUCUAAUGAUGAACAAUACUACUAAGCAGAGAUUUGGCUACAAUUUAUUGCGAAGAAAUUUAACAGGAAUUAUUUUAAGUACAUUUAAUUUCCGGCGAAGAAAAUAUUGAUUAUAUAUCUUGAUUUCAAUAUGAUGUCAUGCAUUCAAUUAAUAUUAACUUAUAAAUAAAUUAUUUGGAGCGCUUUAAGAAUGAUUUUCUAAAUAAUUAUUUUUAGUUUUUGAAAAUUUUAUUUACCUUUCAUAUAAGUAACGAAACGUUUUACAAAUUUUAAUUUUAAAUGUUGGUAAAUUUGUUUGAAAAUCAAUUUUGUACAGUGUGAUCAUAUGAAGUCUGCUAUACAUAUUUAUCUGAAUUAAAUCCUUUAACUAUAUUUGAAAAAAAAAUUGUGAGCAAAAUGUUUAUCAUCGGGAAUGUGACAGGUAUGCUUGAAGAAUUUCUGGUUCUUACCUUAACUAUUGUGACCACAGCUGCUCAAUUCUUGCGUAGCGUGGCUGUAUGAAAAGGUUACUUUUAUCUAUGCAAUUAUGUAACGUUUGAAGUUUUAUAGAUAUUGCUCGUUUAUACAUUAGUACUGUACGAUUGUUUACAUAACGCACUGUUUAAAAAUAUUGUAACCAAGUAUAUAAUAAAUUUUGCAUUCGAUUUUUCAGAUGUAUUUAACUGUAAAUAAAACUUGACUGUGAAAAGAAA